GAGACGAAGCGGGGCCAUGUGGCCCCCGGCUCCAGCCACGCCCCAGGCCAGGCCGCCCCGGAGCAGGCGGAGGGAAGUUGGUCUCUCUGCCCCAGGGGCAGGACAAGGGGCCGCGGGUGCAAACUGCAGCCCAGCAGCUGUAGCCGAGAUCUCGGGACACUUCCCAGGGGUCAGAAGAGGGUCUGAAAACCAACGAGAGACAUGGCAGCGCACAGCAGCGUGUGGAUAUUGGCGGGAUUUUUUUCCGUUGUCCUUGCGGCAGCCGGUGACCCUGUCAGAAUUGAAGCGGAUGAAGGUGAAGACGUGCUCCUGCCCUGCAUUGUCGAACGUAGAGACGCCGACCGUCUUCCAGACCCUACAGUGAACUGGCAGCGGUCAGGGAGUGAAGUCGUGAACAGCUACUACAAUGGCAAGAACCACCCGGUGUAUCAGUCUGGACGAUAUAAGGGGAGAACGGAGUUCGCUUCUCAGGGAUUGUCCGAGGGCAACGCAUCUCUGCUACUGAAGAAUGUAACCCCCGCUGACUUUGGGAACUACACCUGUCAUGCUAGUUUAUAUGAGAACAGCCCCCAAACUUUACAAACUGUCCUGCUGAUGCAGAAAAAGACCCAAGGUACAAACGUUCCAGGAGGACGUGAAAACCGGCUCCGCAUUCUAAGCAUUUGUGUCCCAUUGAGCGCACUAGUGAUUCUUGUAGGGGGUUCUGUAGGAUACUGUUGGUGGAAAAAGACUAUGAAGUCUAAAGCAGGUGAUGCGGAAGCAGCUCCGGAAAUGGAGGAAUUCACACGCCCCAGAAACUCAGAAAAUACUUCAGUGACACCCCUACACUGAACUGGUACCACGACUCUGCCCUCCUCUGCUGUGACUCGCCACCCACAGGCUCAGCUUCUCUCUGAACUGCAUCCUGCAGUGCAGGGCUACAACAAGGAGUCCAGUGGCACCAGAUCCCUCCUUCUUUUUGUGGCUACAGACUAGCAGGGCUCCCCCCUGAUACCUGCAGGGCUGCUUUAUUCUGGCGUUUCCCCCUAACCUGACCCUGCUCCACUUUGCAACCUGGGAACCCUUUUUAGGUGAGACCGAUAAGCAGCAGGCUCAACGAACUGUAAACCAAGCUGCUCAUUGUUGUUUGAACGGGAAAGGGUUGAAAUGGGUGAAAGGCAGGGAAGGAACCCAAGGCUGCCGUGCACUGGGAAAGCUGGAGUCUAGCAAAGUAAACAGUGAGCUGGAGACUGUGUUUCUCUUCGAUAAUACACCUGGCCGACCGGCCUCCGUACCUUACUGGAGUCUGUGGUCAUUGGGGGUUCUCCUGGGGUUUGCUGUGUCAGCGACCUGCGCAGAGCCGGGCCAGCACACAGAGGGAACAUGCAGGCAGCCGACUGAUAGCAACAUUGAGCAGAGCACCACACCGGUAGCGUCUGACAACACACUCAUUUGCUUACACACCCAGGGAGAAUAAUUUCUGUAGUUAGAAAUACACAACACAAUGAAAAUCAUUGUAGAUGCGUCUUGUUGCAUUUGUGGAGCACACGCUGCAGACAGAAGGAAGGUUGAGAGUUCGGUCAUUUUCCUCACAUGUACAAUAGAGCAGGUCAGAGGGAGAGAGCCGAGGCAGCUCUCACUCUCUCAGGUACUUUCCCCAAAUCAAUGUGAGAACGUGUCUUUGCUUUCAGCAGUAACUACAGGUUUUGUGUCUUCCACCUAGGUAAUAAGCUAAUAACACACGAAGUGUCAACGUCAUGUCAAAAUACACACAGGAAAGAGCCUUAAAUCAAACUUCAAUAAGUUUUCAAGCAGCAUUUUCCUUACUUUGCCUAUCUGUAAAUUUGGAUUAUCAUGGAUGGAAAUAGUUUUUCAUUGGUUUGUGUGUGUGCAGUGAAACCAUGCCCAUUGACGAUUACCAAGACAAAUCUAAUCCUUACCUGCCUAAUUAUGUUUAAAAAGAAAGGUUUAAAAAGCUGAAAGACGUGUACGUAAGAUAGUUGGACUCAUUUUGAAACAACUUUCAA